AUGAUGUAUUCUCAAAUUCGUUUGGUACAACCAAAAGAGAACUGUGGUGUUGGGAAAUGUCGAUUUGCCGGUAAAGAACACGUUCAUUGUACUCAACGGAGGUGCCAUUUCUGUGCGGACGACGACUUGAUCAUAACGAAUCAUGCUGUGGUGUUCCAUGCCGGUCUGGCUCCUCCAGCUCAUGCAGAGUUCUUCCAUAUUGAUUCAAAGUGCCGUUCGCAACAGGUCGAAAAGCCAUUAAACAGCUCACUCUUGACCACUGUCUGCACCGAAUGCCCGUUGGAUGGAAAGAAAUCUCAUUAUCAUUGCAUUUAUUGCGAUAAGUUUACCUGGGGCUAUCAUAAUUCCGAAUAUUGGUGUCCGGAUUUCAACAUGAUCCUCGGUUGCUUCACAAUGGCUGUUCAGAUGUGCCUGAGGCCGUUUUGUAAGCUGAAGAAGAAAACUCUUCAUUUCCACUGUGCUGUGUGUGAUCAAGGCUUUUCUGAAAAGAGUAAGCUCCGCCUCCAUUCUCUGAGACAUGGGACCUCUGUGACCGGCCAAGGGUGA